UUCGAUUUCGAUUAUCAGACUGUGUUUGUGUUUCAGAGGUGAGAAAUGGAUGCCGGAAAAGGGAAGAAGGGUGCGGGAGGAAGGAAGGGAGGCGGUCCGAGGAGCAAACCGGUCUCUAGGUCCGUCAAGGCAGGUCUACAGUUUCCCGUCGGCAGGAUUGGCCGUUUUUUGAAAAAGGGUCGGUACGCUCAACGUGUCGGAACUGGUGCUCCGGUUUACUUGGCUGCUGUGCUUGAGUAUUUGGCUGCUGAAGUAUUGGAAUUAGCAGGUAAUGCGGCUCGUGAUAACAAGAAGACCAGAAUCAUUCCAAGGCACGUGCUAUUGGCUGUGAGGAACGAUGAAGAGCUUGGGAAAUUGCUUGCUGGUGUGACCAUUGCACACGGUGGAGUACUCCCCAACAUCAACCCUGUUCUGUUACCCAAGAAGACCGACAAGGCUACAAAGGAACCUAAAUCUCCAUCUAAGGCCACCAAGUCCCCCAAGAAGGCUGCUUAG